AUGGUGACCACAAAAACUCAUGCAGCUCUUCUAGCCAGCCCAGGUCUUGGACACCUAAUUCCCACAGUGGAAUUAAGUAAACGCCUUACCACUCACCACGGUUUCGACGUCACCAUCUUCGUCGUCACAACCGCCACAGAUUCCUCAGAAACAACAAAAUCACCAAUACUUCAACAAAUAUCCAACCUUAAUGGCAUCGACAUCAUUGUUACACCUCCUGUCGAUGUCUCCGACAAACUUGACCCAAAAAACCCAUCCUUAGGUUUACAAAUCGUUUUAACUAUGCUUGAAUCCCUUCCUUUUAUUCGAUCUCAAAUCUUAUCCAUGAAGUUUCCACCAUCGGUUCUUAUCGUGGACCUUUUUGGUACUAUGGCUUUGCCCAUGGCACGUGAUCUUAACAUGUCUACCUACGUUUUCUUUGCCACCAACGCUUGGUUUUCUGCUGUUACUAUGUAUCUUCCUUUCAUCACUGACGAAGCGUUUUCAAGACAUGCUAAUAAUCACCAACCGCUUUUGAUUCCGGGUUGUGAACCGGUUCGGUUUGAAGAUACACUGGAAACUUUUGUUUCUCCCUGGGGGCCUAUUCACGAAGGUUACGUUAAUGCAGCACGGAGUAUACUGUCCGUUGAUGGGAUUUUGAUGAAUACAUGGAAGGAUCUGGAGCCAGGUGCUACUAAGGCGGUUAAUGAUCAUGAUAUUUUGGGACAGUUUAUAAAAAGACCGGUUUAUCCGGUUGGACCGCUUGUAAGAACCGUUGAACCGGUGGAGAAGAAGGAGGGAGAAAGUGAGAAUGAAGAUUUAAUUCUUGGAUGGCUGGACCGGCAACCAGCUGAGUCGGUGAUUUACCUGUCAUUCGGGAGUGGUGGGACCAUGUCGGAAGUUCAGAUGAGGGAGUUGGCUUAUGGGUUAGAGUUGAGUCAGCAGAGGUUUAUUUGGGUGGUGAAGCAGCCCGUGCAAGGUGAUGCGUGUGCGGCGUUUUUCGACACGAUGAAGGAUGGUAACGGAUUUACGGUGGAAGAUUAUUUACCGGAGGGGUUUGUGAGCAGGACAAAGAAUGUGGGGAAUUGUGUCCCGUUGUGGGCCCCACAGGCUGAGAUUUUGAAACAUCCCGCGACGGGUGGUUUCGUUACGCAUUGCGGUUGGAAUUCUGUGUUGGAGAGUAUCCUUAGUGGUGUUCCGAUGGUUGCGUGGCCGCUUUAUGCAGAACAGAAGAUGAAUGCUACUAUGUUGUCUGAGGAGCUAGGGGUGGCGGUGCGUGCGACCGCGGCGGAGGGAGGGGUUGUUUGUAGAGAACAAAUAGCAGAACUGAUUAGAAGAGUGAUGGUGGAGAAAGAAGGUAUAGCAAUGAGGGUUAAAGUUAAGGAGUAUAAGAUAAGUGGAGAGAAAGCUUUGUCUGUGUUUGGUUCUUCUCAUGAGUCGCUUUGUCAGAUGGCAAAAGACUGUGAACUUCAUGAUCUCAGUCAAAGUUCUCAUGAGGCAAAAGCUAGGGGUGCUUAG